AUGCGUGCAUGCUGCCACAUAGCCCGGUUCGUCGAGUCAGCGACCAUUCGAACUAUCAGCAGUAGAUAACUGAUGAACUCCCGUCUGCCACGCCGUGUGGUUGUUUUCGGGCUGCAAAGCUUGUCUGUUUACUCUCAAAAUGUUCUGGGAAGGAUACGAACUUCAUGCGAAACGACUAACAUACCUACUUGAGUGCGUCGGGGAGAAAGAGUUGCCCCUGAAUUGAUGACUUGACAGCCAUUUCCUCUUCUAGCAUGCUCACAGCGAUAGAGCGAUUGGGGCUAGGGGAAUGUAACCAUCUUUACCUUGAAGUUCAACGGGCAAGCAGAAACACUAAAAGGAUGCAUUAAAGGGUCCGGACGUAAACAUAAGCCCUGAGCACGUGACCUUGUUUUCCACACCGAAAUCUGUUGCAUUCGAAGGAUGACAUCAAGGAAUGCUUUAUGAUAGAAGUGCGAUUUGUGAUGAUCAGCUGUUGGCCGUUGCAUCUCUUUUUUGCUGGUGCUGAUGGCGUACUGUGAUAGAUGGGUUUGAAACGCGGAAUCUGCGCUUGGUGAGCCGAUGUCGUCAUGCCAAAGUACCUGCAUUUAGUGUUUUUUUUCCGCCGUCCACGAACGCCGCCUGUAUACUUCGCUGAAUAGAACCCUUCGUCGUACCUGUAAGCGCCAAUAUGGAACAGAUCCUGAACUGUAUUUGUCUGUUGAUGGUAAGUUUUGAGCUCAUGUGCUAUGCAGUAGUUGCCGUCUAUCCCGACUACUUGGGCAGCGUUGGCGAGGGGAAGAGGCUGCGAGUGGACGGCAACAUCGUGUUGGGAGGGCUUUUCCCUAUUCAUGAGAAGGGGAAAAACGGGAGCAUCUGCGGUGUCAUCAACGAGGAUCGAGGAAUUCAAAGGCUGGAGGCUAUGCUGUUCGCCAUUGACUUGAUUAACAACGACACCAGCCUGCUACCGGGGAUCACACUCGGCGCUGAAAUCAGGGACACAUGUUCGGAGGACACCUACGCCCUCGAGCAGUCGCUGGAGUUUGUCCGUGCGUCGCUGACAACGGUUAGCACGUCUUCGUCCCCGGAGUGUCCAGCGGAGCACAUCAACAAGACCGGCCAGCACGGGGUCGUGGCCGGCGUCAUCGGUGGCUCCUACAGCACGGUGUCCAUCCAGGUGGCUAACCUGCUGCGCCUGUUCCAGAUCCCGCAGAUCAGCUACGCCUCCACCAGCUCCGAGCUGACGGACCGGAAGAGGUUCGAGUACUUUGCCCGGACCGUCCCACCGGACACGCUGCAGGCCAAAGCCAUCGCUGACAUCAUCGCCUCGUUCGGCUGGACCUACGUCUCGACCGUUGCGUCCGAUGGAAAUUACGGCGAGUCUGGUAUUUACGAGUUCACCAAAGAGGCUGGCUUGAGGAAUAUUUGUAUUGCAAAAUCAGAGAAGAUCCGCCGCUCGGCUGACUCGGAGACAUAUGAUAAUAUCAUUAGAGGGUUGAGGAGAAAGCAAAAUGCCAAAGUUGUGGUUCUUUUUACUAGGGUAGAGGAUGCUAGGGAUCUCUUGAGUGCUGCCAAGCGUGCAAACCUCAGCGAAAAUUUUAUCUGGCUUGCUAGCGACGGUUGGGGCGCCCAGGAGUCACCCGUGAAAGGCAACGAGGCCGUCGCCGAAGGCGCGAUAACCAUCGAACUGCAGACUCAAAAGAUUGAUAAAUUCGACGAGUACUUCUUGAAUCUCAAUCCCAAGACAAACAAACGAAACCCCUGGUUCAAGGAGUACUGGGAACAGAAAUUCAAGUGCGAGUUGCCGGACGACCCCGGCGAGGGGGUUUGCGCGCGCGAGUCCCUGGAUGACGGGACGCACCUACAGGAGAAGAAGACACAGUUUGUCGUGGACGCAGUGUACGCUCUCGUCAAGGCUCUAGAUAAUAUGCAUCGUGUUGUGUGCAACGAGACGUCAUCGCUAUGCGAUGGUAUGAUCCCGAUAAAUGGCGAAAGGCUCUUCAAGGAAUUUGUCCUUAAAGUGGUAUUCACAGAUAUUGUUGAUCAACAAGUCAGCUUUGACGAAAACGGGAAUGGUCUAGGCCGUUACGACAUCCUGAAUUUCCGGCGCGACGAGAACCAGGAAAACCACUACCACUACGUCAAGGUUGGUAAGUGGUACGGCCAGUUGGAGAUGGACAGGCACGCGGUGCAGUUCCAUCCUUCUGUGUCACUCCGCUCAGAGACCAAUCUUCCAAUGUCCCAAUGCAGUCUUCCGUGUGAGGCCGGCGAGAUCAAACGGUUGCAGGACGACGACGAGAUCUGCUGCUGGCUGUGCACCGCCUGCCGCCCUUACCAGUACGUGGAGAACGAGCACAGGUGCCGGGAUUGCGAGAAGGGCUACUGGCCCAUCAAGAACCUCAGCGGGUGUUACAAGCUGAGGGAGGAGUAUAUGGAGCUGGACACCCUCUGGUGCAUCGUCCCCAUGGCCUUCUCCCUGUUUGGGAUCAUAGCCACGUGUGCCGUGGCCGUGGUGUUCAUCACCCACAACCAGACGCCGUUGGUGAAGGCUUCCAGCCGGGAGCUCAGCUACAUCCUCCUGUUGGGCUUCGCCGCUUGCUACGCCAUGACCUUCCCGAUCCUCAUGAAGCCGUCCGUGGCGACGUGUUCCAUCCAGCGGGUGGGCUUAGGCCUAUCCUUCUGCAUGUGCUACUCGGCGCUGCUGACCAAAACUAACCGGAUCGCACGGAUAUUUGACAGUGCCUCAAGGUCGGCACAGAGGCCCAAGUACAUCAGCCCCAAGUCCCAACUGGUCAUCUGCUUCGGGCUGGUGAGUGUGCAGCUCUUCGGGGAACUGGUGUGGUUGGUUGUAAAGCCUCCGGGGACCGGUGUCCACAUCACUGAAGCCCGAAAUCACGCCGUCUUGAAGUGUAACAUAUCGGACGUGUCGCUGGUGGUAUCUCUGGCCUAUAACAUGCUGUUAAUACUUUGCUGUACAGUGUACGCGUUCAAGACGCGCAAAAUUCCGGAGAACUUCAACGAAGCCAAGUUUAUUGGUUUCACCAUGUAUACCACGUGUAUAGUAUGGCUGGCAUUCGUCCCUCUUUACUUUGGUACUACUUGGGAUUUCAGGAUGCAGACGACCACGCUUUGCGUAACAGUCAGCAUGAGUGCUACGGUGGCCCUGGCGUGCCUGUUUACGCCCAAAGUGUACAUCAUAGUCUUUCAACCGGAAAAGAACGUGCGACGACUGAACACCACGUCUACGAGGAGGUCACAUUACGAGGCGCCACCUAGAGACGUAAUGAACAAUCACAGCCAUUGCGGAAGCAGAGGCAAAUACACGAUGCGGUUUAACAAUCAGACGACUCAGUACGAUAGCCAAGAUACGGAGGCCGAGACGAGCCAGGCAUUUUUGUAGCGGUGUCGUUCCUUGUGGUGUAAUGGACAUUUUCAAAACGCAAUAGCUAAAUGUACAUGGCCACUUAAAUCUUUGUAAGAGCAUUUGAGUGUCAAGUGAUGGAUCCCAUGCCCCCCCUCCCCUGUCGGGAUGUUGUUGAUUCUAUACGAAAGGGUUCACCCUUCACCGACAAUGUCCACUGGUUAAGAUGUCGAAAUAAAUAAAUUGUUAAAUCAAUUCGGUAUAGAAUAAAUCCCGCGAAUGCUUUAUAAAACCAAUGUGAACUCUGACCACUGACAAUAUGAGAAAUUAGUGUUACAGUAGAUUUUAACGUAGAAAAAAAUAACUAAAAGAAACAAAUAUGGGAUCAUAGAGAGCUUGAAAAUCAAUAAUUGACUAAAGGGACCAAGUCGAAACGUCCAAAUAUACCGACGGAAAGCUGGGAAAACAGGAAAGGUACGGUAGUAAUUCAGAUAUUGGUCGAAUAUUGCACGAAAACCCAAAAGAGAAUGAAUAGACAAAAAUAUUUUGUUGGAUUUCAAAAUACUGUACAGGAUUUUACUGGACAUUUGGGCAUGACUGGUGAGUCGACUGUAGUGUAUCGUCAGCCUGCCGAACUAUCACACCCGUAAAUCCUUUUCAAUAAGUUCCUGUCCUCUGUGUAAGAAUAUUUGCAUUCAUCUCCGGGUGUCUUGUGCACAUACUUGAUACUGGAUUAUGGCACUUUGUCCUGAAUUGGGAAACAUAAUUCCGAUUUUAUAGCACUUUUGAGUUGUAGUGGGCAGGGGCAAAAAAGUUCCUGAAAAAGUGUGGACAAAUUACGGCAAAGUAAGCAUGGGAUAGAGUGCGGACAUUGCAAAUUGUUCAUCUUUGACCUGAGCAGGAUUUGAAGAGGGUUUUGCGUCCGCAGGAACGGGUGCUGAUUUCAACUGGAAACGUGAUCAUCCAGCAGGACUGUUGCCCCUCGAAACAAAAACAUGCAUGUAGAACAUUUUGCGCAAUGUAUCGAAAACAAUGAGUAAUGCUCACCUCCAGCAUGAUGCUCUGAGCCAAAGGCCAUGACAACCAAGAAAAGAAUAGCGUGACUCUGUGAUAGCCUUUGUCGCUAUGUUGGACAGAGUUUGGUUUCAAGAAUACAUGGAUUCGCUCAAAGUAGAUGACUGUUUGGGUGAGUCAAACGAAGACGACGGUGACAUAGUUUGACGCAUGAUUGUCAAUCGUUGUGCCACACAAGCUAGUAUUUUGUAGUGUCGUUGAAAAGGUUUUGGAUCUCAACUAUUUUGUAUUCAGUGUGGAAACUGUAUAUGGUCGUAACAGCCCGUUCAGAAUUUACUGGAAUAAUGAUUUAAUUUUUCUAUGAGAAAUUAUACCCGUCUUUUGUGUUUUCCCUGGCGAAGCAGCUCCAUGUUUUAAAAAGCGUUGUUUAGCCGUCCUUUGUGAAAAAUGAAAAUGAACGUUUUUGACUUGGUGACCAUAACAAACAUUUUGAUGCAUGUAGUAAUGACUAUAAAGGACGUUGACUACAACAUGAACGAAAAGUUGUUUUACAUUUAACAGCUGUUGACGGUUGUGAUGUAGGACAUGGCUUUUUCCUGUAUUCAACAGUGGCAACUGCAGUGUUCUAUUGUAAAGAGCAUGCGCCAUGCCCAUCAGGAUUUGGCAGGCUUUCAUGCAAAUCUCAUUUUUAUGUGUUCGACACUUGAUCUUCUAGACCAGUGAUAUUAGCAUGUCCGAGACGUGCACGACAGAAAAAAGACGCCCUACCCGACCGGGGAAAUCAUUCUGUUUAAUGCUUGUUGAGGGACAAACUUGUCCCCAAAACAGUCGUGAUUUACUUUUAGCACGUGGGUGUUGAAUGCGCGCAGCAUUGCAAGAUAUACAGAAAUCUGACAAUGCGUGAAACUCCAUCCUUCACGGGUGUGCUAAACGGAACGGCUGGAAUCACAACUGCGAUGCUGACUAUUCUUGCACUAUGGUUUGCCUGCAAUCCAAGAUUUCACACUGACAUACCGCUUCACUUUCGGGGGACUUUGAUUUCGAGUCGUUUUCUCCAGAGGUGUCACUUAGUUUCCACGGCUCAAGCUGACAGGUUUCGGCGCGCAUGGAUAUCAUAAAACGAUAUCGGUAUGAUAACCCGGGGCUCCUUGCGUAUUUUUACCUGCGCAUUUUCAGCGAAUCGGACCGGCCAAUUUGAUUAAUUUUGUUUUGGCUUCCACUUACGGUGAAACGCGAGACGUCCUGAAAUUCAUUGCCAACCAGCAUGUGACCCUGGGUGAUUUUAAUUUUCAUACAAACAGCUUGAGCGGGAAUUACUGGAAGGGUUUGAGUCCCCCCCCCGCCGCCCCCGCCUGACUCUUCUUUGCAUGCUUGGCAGUUGCGUGCGCCGCUGUCGCCGUAACCCUACAACAAUCCGAUUAAGAUGAUUGGAUAGUCCGUACUGCCAUGCUAAUUGAAUGCGACAUGUGACGCUGAGGGGGUACUGUUCCCUGGACCAGCUGACGUGCGAUUUGGAACUCUCGAUUUACCGUGCGGCUUAAGCAAAGCAUGCAACCUUUCAGUAGUCUUCUAAGAUGUUCAAUUUUUUUAGGGAGACGUUACAAUCGGACGAACUUAUCAGGACUUGAAGACUGACGGACAGUCUUUGAGGAAACAAGACAAUUGGACGAAAUGAGUAAACCUACGGACAAAAAGCAAGGCUUACGAAAAAAAUGUGAAGAAAAACAAAGCUGUGGUCCUAAAUAUGGUCUCCCUAGCUACAACAAGGUAAAAAAAGAGUACGUAGUUGUCACACCAUCAGUCGAUGGAAAUAAUUGUUACUCAGCCUGUAAACACUUGUCAAAAUAUCAUCGUUGGUCAAUAUUUGAACAUACAUCUUUGGCGAAGUUCCUAUACAUGUACAUAUUCUUCUCUUGUAAAGUGCAUGUACAUUAAAUCAAUGAUCGUAAAUGUUACAGCAGUGACAGUUGAAAAAUAAAAAAUUCGUGUGGCAUACUUCCGUCCAUGUUUCUAACUAAAAGUUUUUUUGAAAAGCAGAACAAAAUCUGUAGAGAGGCCAUGUCGCCCGCUCCUCUUAAAGUUCCUUGAAAUUUCAACUGGAACACAGACUAGUAGUGAUCAGUGAUCACUACUAGUCUGUGCCUUCAUAGGCAUUAUACAAAUGCCUAUGAAGACAUGUACUGGCAAGCACCUGCACUACAGUUCAGUGGAGGUGAAUUGCGUUGAUUCACUUUGUGCGCGCCAUUUUUCAGUUUUUAAAUCUUUCAUGUUUUCAGGUCGCGACUUCCCUGACUUGUUACCCGGAGAGAGUUUGACCUCCCUGCUGAAACUGGCCCUCUUUCAGGUGUUGGCAGGAAGAGAAUACCAUAUUCUGGCCUUGGAUUUCGAUCUCCGAUGGCUGACCCUCAACUACCAGGUUCAAACAUGGUCAGCCGUCGCUUUUUCUCGUCAAAGCGAAUCUUGGGUACUCGUUUAACGAUUCAUAGAUUACCAUCGACCUCCAGUUUCCGGACAGACUGACAAGACAAGAGGUAGUUACACACAUCAUGAGACACAUCGCGAGCACGCGUGGACGUGAAACGAUUAUCAGAUUGUGAGCAAUGCAGACAAGCAGAUGAUAUAUGAGUAAAAUAUUUGUACAGAAUUGUUCACUUUGAUUUGUUUUUGUAAGUGGAAUUUGAAGCAGCACAAUAAACAAUGUAAGGAAUAAAGA